UCUCCUGCUGAAGUAAGAGUACGCAAUGUGAUAAAGGAUUCUUGGGGAACAUAUCGUCUUGAUUCCCGAAAUGAAUCCGAUUGUGUGGACGUUAGUUGUCUGUGUUAUGAUGUACGGACUUGUGACUGAGGCGUGUCCUAGUGGCUGUAGCUGUGAGAGGAGUGACCCCUGUAAUGGGACAUAUGUAGACUGUUUUGAUAAAGGGUUAACUGAAGUACCUACCAACAUCCCCUCAGAUACAUGUGGAUUGUGGCUAGAUGGCAACGAGAUAUCCAAUAUUAAGACCAAUGCCUUUAAUUUUUUGUCAAAUUUACAGACACUUGAUCUUUCCGGAAACCAAAUCACCACAAUACAGAAUAAUUCCUUCGCCAGCUUACGCAAUUUAAGAAAACUGUAA